GUGAUUGCCGGCAGUAUGCAGAGGAGACAGUUUGAGCUGCCUGAGCUGCACUCUGGUGGAAACAUCAUGGAGAGAGCUGUGGUGCAAGUCACCCUCUUUGGGCUGCUGCUGGUUUUGGCUAGCACACUACCAAACAAGGACGACUGGAACAUCUACAGCUUUCACAUCAACUCCACAGUGACCAGUCGUUAUGCAACCACGGUCAUCACAAGCCGCGUGGCCAAUCGCAUGGACGACUCAAAGGAAAUAGAGUUCCAGGUCCGGAUACCCAAGAAUGCCUUCAUCAGUAAAUUCAGAAUGUUUAUAGAUGGCCAAUGGUACAAUGGUGUUGUGAAAGGUAAAGAGAAAGCUCAGCAGCAAUACACUGAGGCUGUGUCCCGUGGCCAAAGCGCUGGGCUUGUCAGUUCUGUAGGGAGGACCCUCGAGGAAUUUAAGACCGCUGUGACUGUGGCUGCCCACAAAAAGGUCACCUUUGAACUCACAUAUGAGGAGCUGCUGAAACGCAAGCUUGGCAAGUACGAGCUGCAAAUCCACGCUCGACCCAUGCAGCCUGUCAAAGACUUCAAGGUUGAUGUGUACAUUAAUGAGAAAGCUGGCAUCAAUUUCAUCGAUAUUAAAGGAGGACUAAGCACCAACGCCCUGGCUAAUGCCAUCACCAGAACACAUGCAGACAAACAGGCAUGGGUGUAUUUCUACCCAACAGAGGACCAACAGAAAACAUGUGAUGGCUGUGGAGAGCAGGGUAUGAAUGGAGAUCUGGUUAUUGUUUAUGACGUCAACAGGGACUCCUCACUUGGAGACAUCAAGUCAUCAGCUGGAUACUUUGUUCAUCACUUUGCUCCAUCUAGUCUUUCCCGCAUACCAAAAAAUGUUGUCUUCGUUAUUGAUCAAAGUGGCUCAAUGAGUGGCAGAAAAAUGCAACAGACCCGAAUAGCAUUAAUCCACAUCUUGAAUGACCUGGCAGAGGAUGACCACUUUGGUCUUAUCACUUUUGAUAGCAGCAUUUUUCACUGGAAAAGAGAACUUGUUCAGGCCAACAAGGAAAACCUGGAGAGUGCUAAGACAUUUGCACUGAAUAUUAAUGAGAGAGGAGCCACAGACAUUAACGCAGCAGUGUUGGAAGGAGCACGUAUGCUGAAUGCACAUCCCAGAGAAGGUUCAGCGUCUAUCGUCAUACUUCUCACCGAUGGAGACCCAACCUCAGGGGUGACAAAUCUUGAACUAAUACAAUCAAAUGUCAGAAGGGAUAUUGCAGACAAGUUCCCACUCUACUGUCUUGGUUUUGGUCAUGAUGUCAAUUUUGAGUUCCUUGAGAAGAUGUCGCUGCAGAACAAUGGUGUGGCACGACGGAUUUACGAAGACUCUGACGCUGAUUCACAACUGAAGGGUUUCUAUGAUGAGGUAGCCACUCCUCUGUUGACAGAUGUGACAAUGAUCUAUAAUGGAGGGACCAAUCUAACCCAGACUAACUUCAGCCAGUAUUAUAAUGGCUCUGAGAUUGUGGUGGCCGGUCAGAUCACUGACAACGACAUUGAAACCUUCACUCCACAAGUUGUAGCCAUUUCGAGGGAUAGAAGAGUGACGUUUUCUGAGACAAAUGCCACCGUGGAGUACACUGGGACAGAUUUUGACAGCCACAUCCAGAGGGUUUGGGCCUACCUCACAGUCAAACAGCUUCUGGAGAAAGAGCUGCUGUUUUCUGGACCUGAGAAGGAGAAUGUGAAGAAAGAGGCCUUGGAGCUGUCGCUGAAGUACAGCUUUGUAACCCCACUUACAUCCAUGGUGGUCACUAAGCCUCUGGGGGAGAACACAGAUGUUCUCCAUAAACCUAAGGAAGGUGGAACAACACAGGCACUGCCAUCUCCUGUAGGACAUAGACCCUUGUCAAGAAAAGGGUUAAAAAAGAGGACACGUCUUCAGGGACACGUUGUUUCCUAUAGUCUGACGCGUCGUUCUCAAGGCGUUAGCGGUGGUUUCUCCGGACGUACGGAAAUCCUUAAAGCCUCACCGACCAACAGUGAUCAAGUUGUUUCCAAGGUAGCUUCAUCAGUUCCUCUUUCCCACAGGUUUCUGCUAAAAACUGAGAAUCUGUCUCUUCCACUCUGCUUUGAUGUCACUGGAGAUGUUCGCCUCAAACUACUUCACCAUCCCAACAGGGAGCUGUCUGUGAAUGGUGAGCUUGAUACAGUAAUGAAUGGAGGCUUCAGAAGGAUUGUCAUCCACUUCAAGACUGACCUUUAUGUUGAGGUUGACACCAAUGUCAUCACUGUACGAGAGGGACAGACACUGACACGCCACACUGGACAGGAUCUCAUCACGGCUGGAAGUUUGACAGUGAUUAGGCGGGACAAGGAAAUAGAUGUUGGAGCUGGAGACACACGCAUGGUCAUCUAUAUUCAUGAGAAGGAUGGCGUAGAAUUCCUCUGGCCGGUUUUGAGACAGCAGCCACUGGACAACAACAUUACAGGAAUUAUAGCUCUAAAGCCAGCAGUUUAUGAGGAGGUGCAACAAACUCCCUCAACAAAACUUAAGAUCAAAGACCAGGAGAUUGACGUUACCAGGGCCAAUGCUGUUGACUACAGUAUAGUCUCUCCCCCGACACUGGACUGCUGGCUCAUGUCUGCGGAGUCUGUCCUGCAGAGACGCCUGGAUGAUUUCAUCGUUACUCAACUUUAACUGGGAGCCAUGUUGAAUCACUUGCAAGAUUUCAUUUUAAAGAAAAAAAGGCAAACGGUGAUUCAUCUUGGAAAAAACUUUCCACCUGUUACUAACAUAAACAAAUAAAUAAUAUCACCGAUCUUUCGUUGUCUUGUAUGAAGUUAAC